CUUAAGGCUACAGAGCACCUGGAUUCCUCAGGACCGGCAGGCAUGCUUUGGCGUUCCUGAGCACAGGCCACGCUUGCCCUCCCCCCCAAAGCCUGGUUUUCUGCUCUGGUCUUGUGGGUUCGUACCCCAUCAGGGUGGGACUGGUCAGGAUGAGUAGCAGUGGGAUAGUCCUGAGCGGCCCGCUUUCUGAGGAAAGUACAGCAUUCACCCCUCUGAAGCCCGUGGUGAUGUCUAGAGAAACACUUGAAGAUCCGUCUGUCUUUGAGGACAUCAAGCCACCUGUGCGGAUGCUGGAGACCCCCCAGGAUUUGGCCCAGGCCCGUUUGGAGAUGGACAAGUACCUCUCGGGGCACUCUCUCCCAGUGCCCGCUUUGCCGGACAAGAAGUACCGCCGGGAGAGUGCCUCGGUGGUGGAUGAGUAUUUCUCCACAGAAAAGCCCUCUCCGUAUAGCGUGAAUAUCAACGUGAUCCUGCCAGACACCACCCACCUGCGGACGGGCCUCUACCGCCCGGCCAAGCCUUUGGCCUCGUUCCCUGUGGUCAAGAUGGAGCCGGGCACCUGCUUUGCCCAACCCUGCUCUUCCUCCUCUUCCUCUUCCUCCUCUGCAGCCACUCAGGCCUUGCCGGACUUCACCAGCGUCUUCAGCCUGCCCCAGUCGGUGUCCGCAAGUGGCAUCUUCGUCAAGCAAGAGGCACCUUCUGAAAUCCCGCUCUCGUUGUACCAGUUGCCCAUUGGCACCGGAGGCAGCACAGGGGAGAUGACCACCAUGGCCCACUCCACCUGCGGCACCACCGCCAUCAGUGCCAUCCACGGUGUGGCCAUGUCCACUGGCUCUGACUCCACUUUGGCCACUCGGCAUGCUGCCAAGCCCUUCCCACUCGCCUCUCCAAGCAGUUUCGGCCUCCUUGGUGAAUACUACCCCACGCCAAGCGUCCACUUGCCCCCAUCGCCCCCCAACUCCCAGCCCGGGAGCCCCGAAAACCAGCCGGAGCUGAUCAAUGCCCUCUCACCUCCACCGCCCUAUGAAUGCACCUUCGGGCUCAGGGUCCCUGCGCUCAACAACAGCCUCGGGACCCUUUCCCAGGGCCAUGCCGUGCUGCAGACUCCCAAAUACAACCGGAGGAACAACCCCGAGCUGGAGAAGAGGAGGAUCCACCAUUGUGACUAUCCAGGUUGCCCAAAGGUUUACACCAAAAGUUCUCACCUGAAAGCGCACCAGAGGACCCACACCGGUGAGAAGCCCUACAAAUGCACCUGGGAGGGCUGCGACUGGCGCUUUGCCCGCUCAGAUGAACUCACCCGGCACUACCGCAAGCACACUGGGGCCAAGCCCUUCAAGUGCCUGGCCUGCGGGCGCUGCUUCUCCCGCUCGGACCACCUGGCCCUCCACAUGAAGCGGCACCAGAACUGAACCCCUUCCUCCACCUCCGGCCUCCUUCCUUCCCUCCCUCUUCCUUUUACCUCGGCUUUGGACACAGGAACCCAGCAGUGACAUUGCGAUCAAAGGCCACUACACUCCUGGCACCCAGCUGAUGCCACAGGACGUUCUGGGUGGGAUUGUUGCUCCCAGGAAUGAACAGAACAACAGGUGGGAAGCUUCCACCUCUCCUGGACUCUGGAGGAACGUGCUAUUUAUUUCUGCCUCUCUUGACUUUCUGCAUUCGGAGAGGAUUUGAUACUCUCCUCUGCAUCACCUUGUGCUCUUAAUAAUCCUGUGGGAAUUUGGUGGCCAUGCCUUGGCCUGAAAUGCCGUCAGUGCCAAAAGCAAGACACUCCCAAGGUGUCAUUUUUUUGUAGGGAUCCAUAUAAUUCUUAUUGCCAGAGGCAUGUAAACAGCAUUCCAGUGAAGGCCUUACCUUUGGAUUCUCAUUUCUUUCUAUGAACCACCGAGGGAAAGAGUGUUGCAGAAAACCCCGAUGCUGUGCCUGCAGCAUACAACCCCGGGAUGCACUGAGAUCCCUCGCCUGUUUUCUCUGUUGCUGGACCAAGAGAUGGAUUUUAAAGCUUCUGUAGAAACAACUCAUGAUCAGGAUUGAAUACAACACAACAAUGUCUUUGUGGGGUGCUUUCCUCACCGCCUCGGGUUGAAAGACUCAAUUGAACUGGAUGAUACUUUCUCUCCUCUUCAACUUGAGCUUUGGAAAUAUACUUGCUCUUUGCUUUGGACUUUUUAGGGAGGUGGAAGACUGGAUGGGCAUGGGGCAUUUUCCUCGCCCUUUUUCCUUGGUUUUGACAAAGGGCUGCAUGUCCAGCUUUGCACAUGAAACCAUGCUGCAACGAUUGUACAUUAUGACUGUCGCUUUGUCCCCUUAAAUCCUUCCAGACUUAUGGUGACCCAAAAGUGGACCUUCCAGGGGGGUUUCUUGCCCAGAUUUGUUCAGCAAAACCCAAACAAAGGGAGGCCCAACGCUGAGUGCUGCAUGCCUCCCUUUGCCACGUGCCUAUUGCCUUGCAUGCAUUCAUAAUACAAUGCCUUCAUGAAACAAAUGGGGUUUUGGGGCAGACAUGUCUCCCGUUUGUAGCCAUUAAAGCAGUAAUUCUCAACAUGUGGUCCCCAGAUGUUUUGGCCUUAAACUCCCAGAAACCCUAACAGCUGGUAAACUGGCUGGGAUUUCUGGGAGUUGUGGACCAAAACACCUGGGGACCCACAGGUUGAGAACUACUGCCUUAGAGUAAGUACUGGAUUCAUUGGGAAGAGAUGGAUACAUGAGAAUGCAGGAACAUCAAUCAGAGGGAUGGUGCCUUUUGUGCCAAAUCUUCUCUCUGCCUCUCCUAUUCUGUGCCAAAUUGCAUCCCUCCCAUGAGAGGAAAAAUACACAUUUUCUAUGUAUGAAGAGCAUGGAUUCGGUGGGAGAGCCAUGCAAAAGGCCAGUCACAGUGGGCUCUGCAAUGAGCAAUCUCACGAUGUUUUUCUCAUUGUACAAAGACUGCAAUUCAGGGUGUGUUCUGUGCAAAGUGUUGGUGUUGUGCAGAGAAAGAAGUGUGCAGUUUUCUGGGUGAAAAAGAAUACUUUUAUGCACAAUUUCUCCUUUCCAUAUCACUUUGUGCAUGCUCCAUGCAGUCAUGCCGGCCACAUGACCUUGGAGGUGUCUACGGACAAUGCCGGCUCUUUGGCUUAGAAAUGGAGAUGAGCACCAACCCCCAGUCAGACAUGACUGGACUUAACGUCAGGGGAAAACCUUUACCUUACCUUGUGCAAAGAAAAUACUAUCUCCUUUGCCAAAAUAUCAGAUUCCAAGAGUAUGAUAGGGCCCCUGGUGGCACAGUGCGUUAAAGCGCUGAGCUGCUGAACUUGUGGACUAAAAGGUCCCGGGUUCAAAUCCCAGAAGCGGAAUGAGCGCCCGCUGUUAGCUCCAGCUCCUGCCAACCUAGCAGUUCAAAAACAUGCCAAUGUGAGUAGAUUAAUAGGUACCACUCCGGCGGGAAGGUAAUGGCACUCCAUGCAGUCAUGCCGGCCACAUGACCUUGGAGGUAUCUACGGACAAAGCCGGCUCUUCGGCUUAGAAAUGAAGAUGACCACCAACCCCCAGAGACGGUUACGACUGGUCUUAACGUCAGGGGAAACCUUUACCUUUACCCCACACCUCUUUCAAUUAUUUUACUUUUCUUUUCGCCAAAAUGAAAGCAGACUCUUUGCAAGUGAAAGGAUCAAACAUUCGUGGCCCUCUGCCCAUCAUUCCCUGUUCAAAAUGCUACAGCGGACACAACCAAGGGCUUCUUAGUUCACCCCGAAAGGGUGGGCCUUUGUAUAUAGAACUGUACAGAAUUUUGUAUAUGCAAACCAGGAGGGAUCAAGAGUCCUAUGGGUAGUCUAUGUGUGCGAAUGUGCAUUUUGCAAUGCAGGUGUGUAUUUUGCAAUUUAGACGGAUUUAAGUACGUUGGCGUUUUGUAACAGGACUCUGAGGAUAACAGGAGGGUAGCAUUCCUCCUUCCAAAGACUGAGGCCCAUUUUAACACAGCAGCCUGUCUUCCAAAUGCUUCCUCUUGGUUGUGCCCAAAUGGCGAGCUUUUGGUCCCCAAUAGUUGCCAUAUAAGGAGAUAUAGAUCUAAAUGUAUAUGUGUGUAUUUCUAUGUAUGUAUAUCAGGCAUGGUCAAACUUGGCAUGGUCAAACUUGGGCCGUCCAGGUGUUUUGGACUCCAACUCCCACCAUGGGUCAUGGUCAAACUUGGGCCGUCCAGGUGUUUUGGACUCCAACUCCCACCAUUCCUGACAGCCUCAGGCCCUUUCCUUUUCCCCCUCAGCCGCUUAAGCGGCUGAGGGGGAAAAGGAAGGGGCCUGAGGCUGUCAGGAAUGGUGGGAGUUGGAGUCCAAAACACCUGGACGGCCCAAGUUUGACCAUGCCCGAUGUACAUGCAUAUACACAUAUAUAUGACAUCCAGAAACACAUGAUGGUUGGGAGCACUGCAUUUAGAACUAGGAUGCAUUUGGAAGAAGGAAUCUUUCUCCUCUGCCAUUUUUAUAUUUUAAAAAAGAGAUAAAUAAAAUACAAACAAAACACCCAGGUUCUGAGUUCCAGUAGGAGCUCUGUGUGUAUAUUGUUUUGUUUUAGUUUUUUUUUUUUGGAAUUUAUAUAUAAAACGGAAUAAAAGAUUUGUAUCAUUCAGAACCA